CGGGCCCGGGCGGCGCCGCCAUGAACGCCGCGGUGGUGAAGCGGACGCAGGAGGCCCUGGGGAAGGUGAUCCGGAGGCCGCCACUGACGGAGAAGCUGCUGAGCAAGCCCCCGUUCCGCUACCUGCACGACAUCAUCACGGAGGUAAAUACGUUAAUUGUCACCUGCUUGUUAAGGAUUUUAGAAUGGCGUAUUGGAAAGCAUUUUCAGGUGAUUAAGGUGACUGGUUUCAUGAAGGGCCUCUACACAGACACUGAGAUGAAGUCCGAUAACGUUAAGGAUAAAGAUGCAAAAAUUAGCUUCCUUCAGAAGGCCAUAGACGUGGUGGUGAUGGUUUCAGGAGAGCCACUGUCAGCAAAACCAGCGCGGAUCGUGGCCGGCCACGAGCCUGAAAGAACAAACGAGCUGCUCCAGAGAAUUGGAAAAUGCUGUCUCAGCAAGCUCUCCAGCGACGAGGCGGUGAACAGAGUGUUAGCUGGAGAGAAGGGGGAUCUGAAGGGCAGGACCUCACUGACGUCAAAAUCUCAGGAAUUGGACAAUAAGAAUGCACGAGAAGAAGAGCUCAGAGGUCAUAAAGAUAAAGAGGAAAAAAGGAACUCUGAAAUAAAUGAGAGAAGUAUAAGCAGAGAUCAAAAACAGAAAGAAGAAAUGAAGGAAGAAAGCAAAGCAAGAGAGAAGGAGAAGGAGAAGAUGAAGGAGAAUGACCGCGAUAGACAUAAAGAUCCCGAGCGAGACAAGCAUCGAGAGGGGGAGAGAGAACGAGCCAGAAACCGGGCUAAGCAGGACAGAGACCGGGGCAACAGAGACCGAGACAAAGAUCUGGACCACGAGAGAGAGAGAAGGAAUGAGGGAGGAAAGGAGAAAGAGAGGUGGAAAGACCGGGAGAGAGAGCGCGAGCGAGACAAGGCCCGGGACAGGGACAGGCGGAAGGUGAAGGACGGGGAGCACUCCAGGGACCCCGAAAAAGAGAAGAGCAGAGAGCAUGACAAACCUGAGAAAAAGUCCUCGAGCUCAGGGGAGGUGUCUAAAAAGCUGCCAGAUGGAUCCUUGAAAGACUCCAGAGCUGAAACAGAGACCGAGAUUUCCAUUAGAGCAUCCAGGUCAGUGACAACAAAAGCAUCAAAACGGCGAUCCAAGAAUUCGAUGGAAGGAAGAAGGGACUGUAGAACCAGUGAAAAUAGUCUUUCCCUUGAAAAAGAACGUAACCCCUCCUACAGUAAAGCUAAGAAGGAGCAUGCCGUGAAACAGCUCGGAAGGAAGGAAGAUAAUAUUUCAGCUAAAAAGUUAGAUCCCAUAGUGUCUGGAUUAAAUCAUGAAGCAGAUCAGGAAACUACGACUUCAGGAAUCGGAACAAGAGAAGCUAAUACUAACUCAGCUAGUGUUUCAGAUGAUAACUCAGCUGGUCUGUGGCGUGAGAACGUUGAGCCAGAACCAGCAGUGAAGCAGAAAGGCGAUUCCCCUAGUGAUGCAGGUGAGGAACAGCCUGAACUGAGUGUAUUUGAAGGAGAAGCUGGACCUUCUGGCCCCGAGAAGCCCGAGGUGUCCGAGAGUUCCGAGCUGCUGAGCGAGCAUCCAGCCAACAUCAGAAAAAUACCUCGGCCUGGGAGUGCGCGACCAGCACCUCCCCGGGUGAAGCGCCAGGACAGCGUGGAGGCACUGACGCCAGACAGGGCGGGCAACGGUAGAGUCGUUGCCAGUGUGAUUGUCGCUGCACAGGACUCCGACAACGAGGAGGAUGAUCAGUUUGUGGUGGACGCUGCCCCCCAGCUCCCUGAGGCGUCAGAACUGGAAAUGGUGCCCACAGUCGACGUGGAGGACGAGGAGAAGCACGGAGGACUUGUGAAAAAAAUUCUGGAGACCAAGAAAGAUUAUGAGAAGUUGCAGCAGUCACCCAGACCUGGAGAGAAGGAGAAAUCGCUUGUCUUUGAGUCUGCGUGGAAGAAGGAGAAGGACAUAGUUUCCAAGGAGAUCGAGAAGCUGCGUGCGUCCAUCCAGACCCUGUGCAAGAGUGCGCUCCCCCUGGGGAAGAUCAUGGACUACAUCCAGGAGGACGUGGACGCCAUGCAGAACGAGCUGCAGCUGUGGCACAGCGAGAACAAGCAGCACGCGGAGGCCCUGGAGAAGGAGCAGAGCAUCACAGACUGCGUGGUGGAGCCCUUGAAGGCCGAGCUGGCCGAGCUGGAGCAGCUGAUCAAGGACCAACAGGACCGCAUCUGUGCCGUGAAGGCCAACAUCCUGAAGAACGAAGAGAAGAUUCAGAAAAUGGUGUACAAUAUCACUCUGAGUUCGAGAAGGUGAAAGCUCACACGUUUCCGAAGCUGGAAGUCCUGCUCAGUCUGAAAAUAAAAAGGAAGGUAGAACGUCACUACUCUCUAAGUUCAGUUCCUAAGAAAGUCAAGUUUUCUGUGUCCUCCCUCCAAAGCGCAGAGCUUUGAAAGCACACCCACGUCCGUGUGUCGAGGGGCCGUGUUUGCUCCCCUUCCUCCAGCAGGACCGUGGCCUGCCGUGCAGACGUGUUCUCUGAGUCUCUGCAGCGGCCUGUCCCGCUGAGUUCUGUGCCAGAAUUCGCUAGCAGGUGAGUGGGGAUGGAACGCAAGAAAGCCCGCAUCCUUGGUUUCAGGUUUUAGGUCUGGUGACAGGACCCUGAGGGGAGCAGAGUGAAGGAUGGCCGCCUUCUGACUGGCACUAUAAACAGAAUGGGGCCUGAACAUGAGACUUCUCUGUUUUGAGUUCAUUUCCCCUCAGAAAGGGUUCAUUUUAGUCUGUAUCUUUAUAAGGUACGUGUGAGGUUUUUUAAAAGCCCUUUGCAACUGCGUAUACCUCUUUGUCAUUUUCUCAUUGGUCCCUACGGCCUCUUGCUUGUGUUUCCAGCCUUAAAGUUUAUCAAUUUAAGGAGAUUUCAGUAUGUCCUUCGUGGACAUUCGGCCGCAGGGUUUUCCCCGUGUAGGUAAGAGUGAGCUGCUCUGGGCCCACAGUCUUGGCAUCUUUCCUCGUCCUUCCCAUAGAUGUGCAUUCCCGAGAGGCAGGUAGCUUGGUGCAGACAGCUGAAAGAAGACUUCAGGGGACGCACCAAUUUGCAACAUUUGUAUGAAGUUCCCAUUUUUUCGGAAAUUGUAUUUUAAAGCAAGGUUUUUUUAGAACAUGGUUUAUAUUUAGUUUUUCACUCACAUAUGAUAUUGUAAAUAUUUAUGAAAGUCUUAAGUUUGUAUAUAAAGGAUUCCAGUGUUUGGAGACAUUCAGUUUGUAAGGUCUGGGUCCUGAUACUGUUAUUUCUCGAUAUUUAUGGUGUGAACCACGCAGUACCACUUAAAUGUUAGAAUUGCCUGAGAAAUUUCUGUUUCUUUAAGGCUUAGCACAAAUGCACAAGUUAGGUUUCCUUCCUGUAAUUUCCAAAAGAAAUCCUUUUCGAAGGUGAUUCUAUGAUUUUUCCAAGCUGAGUAAGUUCAAGAUCAGAUAUGAAGCUCUGCCGUUUUGACACAUUGGCUGCUUCGUCAUUCCUACCGUGCAGGGUAGAAUCGUUGGGCCAGAUUGUACUGAUGCGUUACCGGAGGCGGGAGGGGAGGCUAGGAGGCUGCCCGUUAACCAGCCCUCCAUGUACUCGUCUCCUCUCUUCUAGUUGAACAACUUAGCCACAACCCUAAAUGGACUGUUUUGCUUCAAGAUGUGUCUGCCUUUUAUGAAUUUAUACAUACGAAUAGGAGUUUUGUGUUGCAAAAAAAAAUUACAUACAUUUUAUGUGAGUAAAAUUUUGUAUGAAGCAGUUUAUCAAAUUGUAUCAAAAUUUAUUUUUAUUUUAUACAUAAAUCAUUAAAAACAAU